AUGGACAAAUUACGUCAAACUAAUCAAGAACUUCAUGAUGAAAUCGAUCGAUUGGCUCAAUCAAACAGAGACUAUGGGAACGCCGAACAUACAAUCUUGAACGGAUAUAGUUUUCGUGAGGAAAGAAUUCGAUAUCUCGAGGAGGAGUUAGCAAAUACAAUCGAACUUUCAAUACAAGAAAGGGAGGAAUUGGAAAAAGAGAUAACAGACCUAAAAAAAAUCGUCUAUCAUCUUAAAAAGGAGAUCGAACAAAAAGAUAAGGAACUUAUUACCAGGGAAAAUCAAUUAGCUGAAUUUGAUGUAAGAGAAAAGAAACUCAAAACCCGAAUUCGAGAAAUAUCAAAAUCUGCAGGUAAUACUCCUAAAGCAUAUACCCAAACAGUAAAGUUAGUAGAUGAGAAUGAGCGUUUGAAACAUGAGAUUGAUACUUUAAAAUAUAAUCUUAGGGAUCGAGACAAAAAAUUAGCACAGAAAAAAACUCGUAUUACAGAUUUACAUUGUCAAAACUUUGCAUUAGCAUUAUUAAGAUAUCUAGAUAGAGUAGAGCUUAUAAAUACUCAAGAAACUUUAUCGCAAAGCAAUGAACCUUCGGGUCUACAAAAUGCUCAGAUAUGGAAUGAAUAUGAAUCAGAUGAAAAUUCUCAGGAUAGUUAUACAUCUGAUCCAGAUAUGACAACAAUAAUUGAGUUGGCUGAUACUAUUGAUGAUCUUAUAAAUGAGCAACAACGAAGAUAUAAUGCUGAAGCAGAACGAGAUAUACGUCAAACAGAGUUAACACAAACUCAAGGAGAUCUCAACUUAAAACUACUGCAUAUAAUAAUGAAAGAGUUGUAUGCCAGCAAUAAUGGAAGUGAAUUUGGAGCCUUAAAUGAUGCAACAAUUAAUGCCCUCGGAUGGAAAGCUGACAAGCCAUCUGACUUCGAUAUAAAAGGAAACUCUAAACAUAUCACCGAAUCGUUGGGAUGGUUUACGGAUGUGCCAGUCAGUAUAAAGGAUAAGGAUGGUAAAACAGUUACAGCUACUGGAAAUUUUACACGUAUUGAUAAUGGUGAACCUGAACCAAUGUUAUGUUUAGGUAUGACAUGGAUUCGAAAAGUUCAAGGUAUUCUUGACCCAAAUAAAAACCAAUUCCGAAUGAAGUUACAUGGAUAUCGAUUUGGAAGUACUAGGGAGGUAGAACUUGAAGAAGCUUUACGUGAUAGUUGUAAGACUAAUUCUGAACUUAUUGAUGAUUUUAAAAACUAUCUAUAUCAGAAGGUGCAUAAAAAGUUUAUUGAUAAUAUCAAACAGGAUAAUAAUAAGGUACAUUUGCAACGUAAUCUAAAUCAAACUAGUAAAGAUAAAGAAGAACUUACCAAGUAUAUUUAUCAACUUAUAGAUGAGAUUAAACGAUUAAACUCAGAAUUAGAUAAUUUAUCAUCUCAGAUUAAGCGAUCACAGAUUUCCAAUGUUGA